AUGAGCUUCUACUUCUUGCUCAGGGUCUUCGCCCUUUGCGUUCUUGCACUUCUAGUCGCUGCAGAUAGCCCGAACCAUGCAGAAAUACACGGCCGCUCGACAAUCAAGACAGCAAACAAGCUCUCCUGUAUCAAAUCAGACGUUUCGCUGGUGAAGAAGGAAGUCUCUCAUCCUCUUGAGUUCUGCAAAUUCUAUCUGUCAGAGUACCGAACUCGCUCUCCAUUACCUAGUCUGGGUGUCACAGCACUCCAAAAUGCUUGCAAAUGUAUUCAAGCAUCGCCACCGCCGGAGCCCACCAUCAUCCAUAGAGCCCUUCCUUCCAGCAAGCAAUGCAGCCAAUGGACCAAAUUACUGAAUGGUGAAUACAAGCACGUUGCUGAGUUUUGCAACUUCUACCUCGGCUAG